AUGAGAGGAGAGGGAAGUCAGUCUCUUUCUCAGGACAGAGGGACUGGAUACAGGAGUACAAGUGCUUCAGCAGCCUUUACAGGUAAGAGGGUCCCGUGCCUUUAAAAAUGCUAUGAGAAAAAUCAUCUAACGUUUGAAAUCAAGUUCAAUAUUUCAAGACUUGGGACAUUUUGGCAGCUAUGUAAUGUACAACUGCAAUUUCCCUGUCUAUUUUACAGGUGCUUUACUCCACAACAACACAACAAUGACGAUCUCCUACACCCUAGAAGUGGCCACUGCUAAGUUUGGAGGGUUUUCCAAGCUGCUCUUCAGGUGGAGGGGAAGCAUCUACAAGCUGCUGUAUAAAGAGUUCCUGGUCUUCUGUCUUCUGUACAGCUUCUUCAGUGUUUUCUACAGGUAAAUGAUGAGCAGCUGCCCUCAGUGUCUUUUAUUGGGAGUAGAAUCGUGUUUUUUGUGUUUUUUUUUCUAGAAUAGACUAGAGAAAAUAGAAUAGAGAACAGAAUCUCUUUAAUUUUCCCAGAGGGAACUUCAGUUAGGCAAGUCGGAUUGACUUUAGCAUCGCUGUAUUAAAGGUCCCGAACAGUCAUUCUGAUUCCCAUGUAUUUACAUUUACAUUUUUAGUCAUUUAGCAGACGCUCUUAUCCAGAGUGACUUACAGUUAGUGAGUGCACACAUUUUUUCAUACAUGUAUAAACUUUUGAGUGACUAAAACAUCACCCACAAAAGUUUUCAACAUUAAAAUGUAAAGAAUCUGAGAGAAAUUACUUUAUUAAUUACUUUUUCUUUCAUGUCAAACUAUCAGGAAGUCUGAAAAGACAGACUGAGUGGGCAGGGAGCUAGUAGACUGAGUGGGCGGGGAUCUUACCUUGACUGACAGUUCUUUGAAAACGCCUAUGUCAAGCAACAUGGACGCAGUGAGCAGUGUUGCAGUCAGAUUAUCUCAAGCAACAUGGACGCAGUGAGCAGUGUUGCAGUCAGAUUAUCUCAAGCAACAUGGACGCAGUGAGCAGUGUUGCAGUCAGAUUAUGUCAAGCAACAUGGACGCAGUGAGCAGUGUUGCAGUCAGAUUUCUCAAGCAACAUGGACGCAGUGAGCAGUGUUGCAGUCAGAUUAUCUCAAGCAACAUGGACGCAGUGAGCAGUGUUGCAGUCAGAUUAUCUCAAGCAACAUUGCUGAUACACAAAGCAACUCAAACAACAUUCAAAUUGCAACAUCCAAUCCUGUGUCAUACAUCACAUCAUGGUUUCACAAAUUAUUUGUUUAUCCAACUGUUUGGUUACUGUAACAGCAUGAAUAUAUGUCAACAUGUUGGCUAUAUAAUUUAGCUAGCUAGCCCAAAUGGAAUUGUCAGCGCUGUUUAUCAAGCUAGCUAGUUCAUCUUGGACCAUUUUAGUUGUAGUUUUACAGGGUGAGGUCUGAGUACAUUACAUACACUGAGUAGACCAACCAUUAGGAACGCCUUCCUAAUAUUGAGUUGAAGUGGAUUUAACAAGUGGCAUCAAUAAGGGAUCAAAGCUUUCACCUGGAUUCACCUGAUCAGUCAAUGUCAUGGAAAGGGAAGGUGUUCUUCAUGUUUUGUACAAUCAGUGUGUAUACAAUGUUCAUAUACUGUAUCAUGACUAUCAAUGAUGUCAAGAUGUUUGUAUGAAUCUCCCGUUUGGCAUGUCUCUUGAUGUAAUGACAUGACAACUUGUCAGAGCUUUGGGCAACCCUUCCCCCGCUUUGGUUCCCUGCUGGCUGAAGACCUAGCUAGAUAGUAAUUAUGUUCCAUGCUGGCUGAAGACCUAGCUAGAUAGUAAUUAUGUUCCAUGCUGGCUGAAGACCUAGAUAGAUAGUUGUUAUGUUCCCUGCUGGCUGAAGACCUAGCUAGAUAGUAAUUAUGUUCCAUGCUGGCUGAAGACCUAGCUAGAUAGUAAUUAUGUUCCAUGCUGGCUGAAGACCUAGCUAGAUAGUAAUUAUGUUCCAUGCUGGCUGAAGACCUAGCUAGAUAGUAAUUAUGUUCCAUGCUGGCUGAAGACCUAGAUAGAUAGUUGUUAUGUUCCCUGCUGGCUGAAGACCUAGCUAGAUAGUAAUUAUGUUCCAUGCUGGCUGAAGACCUAGCUAGAUAGUAAUUAUGUUCCAUGCUGGCUGAAGACCUAGCUAGAUAGUAAUUAUGUUCCCUGCUGGCUGAAGACCUAGCUAGAUAGUAAUUAUGUUCCAUGCUGGCUGAAGACCUAGAUAGAUAGUUAUAAUGUUCCCUGCUGGCUGAAGACCUAGCUAGAUAGUAAUUAUGUUCCCUGCUGGCUGAAGACCUAGCUAGAUAGUUAUAAUGUUCCCUGCUGGCUGAAGACCUAGCUAGAUAGUAAUUAUGUUCCAUGCUGGCUGAAGACCUAGCUAGAUAGUAAUUAUGUUCCCUGCUGGCUGAAGACCUAGCUAGAUAGUAAUUAUGUUCCCUGCUGGCUGAAGACCUAGCUAGAUAGUAAUUAUGUUCCCUGCUGGCUGAAGACCUAGCUAGAUAGUAAUUAUGUUCCCUGCUGGCUGAAGACCUAGCUAGAUAGUAAUUAUAUUCCCUGCUGGCUGAAGACCUAGCUAGAUAGUAAUUAUGUUCCCUGCUGGCUGAAGACCUAGCUAGAUAGUAAUUAUGUUCCCUGCUGGCUGAAGACCUAGCUAGAUAGUAAUUAUGUUCCCUGCUGGCUGAAGACCUAGCUAGAUAGUUAUAAUGUUCCCUGCUGGCUGAAGACCUAGCUAGAUAGUAAUUAUGUUCCCUGCUGGCUGAAGACCUAGCUAGAUAGUAAUUAUGUUCCCUGCUGGCUGAAGACCUAGAUAGAUAGUAAUUAUGUUCCCUGCUGGCUGAAGACCUAGCUAGAUAGUAAUUAUGUUCCCUGCUGGCUGAAGACCUAGCUAGAUAGUAAUUAUGUUCCAUGCUGGCUAAAGACCUAGCUAGAUAGUAAUUAUGUUCCCUGCUGGCUGAAGACCUAGCUAGAUAGUAAUUAUGUUCCCUGCUGGCUGAAGACCUAGAUAGAUAGUAAUUAGCUAACACUAGACACAGAUAAAAGUGGAAACCUAUCAGUAUAUUUGCCUUAGAUGAAUAGGGGAAACCUAUUAGUAUAUUUGCCUUAGAUGAAUAGGGGAAACCUAUCAGUAUAUUUGCCUUAGAUGAAUAGGGGAAACCUAUUAGUAUAUUUGCCUUAGAUGAAUAGGGGAAACCUAUCAGUAUAUUUGCCUUAGAUGAAUAGGGGAAACCUAUAAGUAUAUUUGCCUUAGAUUAAAUAGUUUUUUUUGCCUUAUCAAUCUACACACAAUACCCCAUUAUGACAAAGCAACAACAGGUUUUUAGAAAUGUUUGCAAAUUUAUAAAAAUUGAAAAAACUGAAAUAGCUUAUUUACAUAAGUAUUCAGACCCUUUACUCAGUACUUUGUUGAAGCACCUUUGGCAGCGAUUACAGCCUUGAGUCUUCUUGGGUAUGACGCUACAAGCUUGGCACACCUGUAUUUGGGGAGUUUCUCCCAUUCUUCUCUGUAGAUCUCUCUAGAGAUGUUUGAUUGGGUUUAAGUCCAGGCUCUGGCUGGGCCACUCAAGGACGUUCAGAGACUUGUCCUGAAGCCACUCCUGCGUUGUCUUGGCUGUGUGCUUAGAGUCGUUGUCCUGUUGGAAGGUGAACCUUCGCCCCAGUCUGAGGUCCUGAGCGCUCUGGAGCAGGUUUUCAUCAAGGAUCUCUCUGUACUUUGCUCCGUUCAUCUUUGCCUCGAUCCUGACUAGUCUCCCAGUCCCUGCCGCUGAAAAACAUCCCCACAGCAUGAUGCUGCCACCACCAUACUUCACCGUAGGGAUGGUGCCAGGUUUCCUCCAGAUGUGACGCUUGGCAUUCAGGCCAAAGAGUUCAAUCUUGAAUUCAUCAGACCAGAGAAUCUUGUUUCUCAUGGUCUGAGAGUCCUUUGGUUGCCUUUUGGCAAACUCCAAGCGGGCUGUCAUGUGCCUUUUACUGAGGAGUGGCUUCCGUCAUAAAAGCCUGAUUGGUGGAGUGCUGCAGAGAUGGUUGUCCUUCUGGAAGGUUCUCCCAUCUCCACAGAGGAACUCUGGAGCUCUGUCAGAGUGAGCAUCGGGUUCUUGGUCACCUCCCUGACCAAGGCCCUUCUCCCCCGAUUGAUCAGUUUGGCCGGGCAUCCAGCUCUAGGAAGAGUCUUGGUGGUUCCAAACUUCUUCCAUUUAAGAAUGAUGGAGGCCACUGUGUUCUUGGGGACCUUCAAUGCUGCAGAAAUGUUUUGGUACCCUUCCCCAGAUCUGUGCCUCGACACAAUCCUGUCACGGAGCUCUACGGACAAUUCCUUCAACCUCAUGGCUUGGUUUUUGCUCUCACAUGCACUGUCAACUGUGGGACCUUAUAUAGACAGGUGUGUGCCUUUCCAAAUCAUGUCCAAUCAAUAGAAUUUACCACAGGUGGACUCCAAUCAAGUUGUAGAAACAUCUCAGGGUUUUAUACAUGUGCAAAAAUGUCUAAAAACCUGUUUUUGCUUUGUCAUUAUGGGGUAUUGUGUGUAGAUUGAUGAAGAAAAACAUUUAUUUAAUCAAUUUUAGAAUAAGGCUGUAACGUAACAAAAUGUGGAAAAAGUCAAUGGGUCUGAAUACUUUCCGAAUGCACUGUAUAUUUGCCUUAGAUGAAUAGGGGAAACCUCUUUGCUGAGAUGCUGCAGUCAAAUUCUGGAACCUGUAGACUAGCUACCUACCUAUGUAAACCACGCCGCUCUGCGAACACGCCUUCUGCCAUGUUGGUUAUAAGGCGGUACUUCAUUAAAUUAAGUAAGAGAAUAAGACAUUACCGUUAAUAAUCCCGCCUCCAUCCCGCCUCCUGAAUCCAAGUGUUUGACAUUGGGAAGGGGACCAGCAACUUUAUGAUCGAACUUGAUCAAUGUAGAAGCAACAGUCAUUUUUUCAUUAUUUGGUAGUCCUACUUUGAUCUGGUUUCAUCCAAAUAGUAUCCAAUUUCAUGAAAAACUGUUCAGGACCUUUAAUGGAGGGAGUUACUACCAGAAAAAGAUGUAUGUUUGGUAUCAAUAAUGAGUUAUCUUGGAUUGGAUAUAUUAUGUUUUCAAUAUCAUUCCUUUGCAGGUUCUUCCUCACUGAGAAACAACAGUUGUUGUUUGAAAAUGUAGCCCUUUACUGUGACCAGUAUGCCAACUUUAUUCCAAUGUCCUUUGUGCUGGGUAAGUCAACUUUAUCUCAAUGUCCUUUGUACUGGGUAAAUCAAAAUCUCUUAGGUGGGAUUUGUCAUGCUUUUGUUGAUACAGAUGUAGGAUCUUAAUUUGAUCACCCUGUUGCAGGAUAACUUUCAAACGUUUCAAACGUGUAGUCUAUUUGAGGUUUAAAAAGGCUUCUGACGUUUGUAAUUUCCACUUUGACAUUUCAGACUUGAUUUUCCCUUACGAAGAAUGUAUCAACCCCUACAAAAAUGUUCAUUAAUUAUAAUCCACAUAAUAAUUCACAUUUCCUGUUGCUGCAGGAUUAUUUUCCUGCUGUAGCAAACUGGUUCAAAUUAAAAUCCUAAUUAUCUCUAUGAGAAUACUAUGAAAAUGCUAUAGUACUGUGUGUUAUAGUUACUGAUGAGCACCUGAGCAGGUAGACUACAGACCAGUCAAAGUCACCUGAUGUAACCCUUUCUGCCCCUCAUGUAGGCACAUUUACAAAGACAAAAAACUACAAAUCCCUUGUCUGUCACGAGCGUUAAAUUAAAUUUUAAUUUGAAUUUACUCUGCCGAUUGUCCGUGGGGUUGGUCCUUCGGUGGGUCGAAAUUUGAGACAAAAUAUCCACAGAAAAGUAUUAUUAAACUGAUUUCAAAACGUGGGAAAUCAAGAUGUGUUUGCUUCUGACCUAAGGCACGUGCGCAAGACGGAAGGACAUGCAGCCGAUGCAUACUGAAGUCUUGCAGGUGGUUACAUUGGCCCCCUCUGAUUCAUCAGCCCUCGGGAUGCUGAGUAUCACAGUACCCUCUGAUUCAUCAGCCCUCAGGAUGCUGAGUAUCACAGUACCCUCUGAUUCAUCAGCCCUCGGGAUGCUGAGUAUCACAGUACCCUCUGAUUCAUCAGCCCUCGGGAUGCUGAGUAUCACAGUACCCUCUGAUUCAUCAGCCCUCGGGAUGCUGAGUAUCACAGUACCCUCUGAUUCAUCAGCCCUCAGGAUGCUGAGUAUCACAGUACCCUCUGAUUCAUCAGCCCUCAGGAUGCUGAGUAUCACAGUACCCUCUGAUUCAUCAGCCCUCGGGAUGCUGAGUAUCACAGUACCCUCUGAUUCAUCAGCCCUCGGGAUGCUGAGUAUCACAGUACCCUCUGAUUCAUCAGCCCUCGGGAUGCUGAGUAUCACAGUACCCUCUGGUUCAUCAGCCCUCAGGAUGCUGAGUAUCACAGUACCCUCUGAUUGUAGAAGUCACAUAUGUCUUUUCACAAGUAAACAAAGUCACAGGAUUCUAUGUAAGAAAACGCUUUUUAAAAGACUUGAGGGAUCAGAGACUAAAGACUCACUCACAGAGUGGAGGGAGCAGACACUUUUUAACCUUUUGCUGAACAUAUUAUUUGAUCUUCAGCGCCUGCUAACCCUAACCCUGCUAACCCUAACCCUGCUAACCCUAACCCUGCUAACCCUAACCCUGCUAACCCUAACCCUAACCCUAACCCUGCUAACCCUAACCCUAACCCUAACCCUGCUAACCCUAACCCUGCUAACCCUAACCCUAACCCUGCUAACCCUAACCCUGCUAACCCUAACCUUGCUAACCCUAACCCUAACCCUAACCCUAACCCUAACCCUAACCCUGCUAACCCUAACCCUAACCCUAACCCUAACCCUGCUAACCCUAACCCUGCUAACCCUAACACUAACCCUAACCCUAACCCUGCUAACCCUAACCCUGCUAACCCUAACCCUGCUAACCCUAAACCUAACCCUAACCCUGCUAACCCUAACCCUAACCCUAACCCUAACCCUAACCCUAACCCUAACCCUGCUAACCCUAAUGUCCUUCCUGAUUAUUUGGUAUUUAUUAGGAUCCCCAUUAGAUGCUGCAAAUGCAUCAGCUACACUUCCUGGGGUCCACAUGAAACAUGACAUAAUUCAUAGUACAGAACAUUAUUAGUCAAGAACGGAAAUACAUACAUUUAAAACGUCACACAUAGCCUACAUAUCAGUACAUACACACACUAUCUAGGUCUAAUACAUAAUACAGUGCAAAUUACAAUACAAUAUAUAUAAAAUGGCUGUGUCUCUUCACAGAUCCCUUUGUGCAGUAAAGUGUUCUUUUAUCUGUUUUUUUUAAACUGUUUUUAUUGCUAGUUUGGGUUACCUGGGGUGGCAGAGAGGUCCAUGUAGUCAUGGCUCUAUUUAAUACUGUGUGUUUCCCAGCCUCUGUUCUGGACCUGGGGACUGGGAAGAGACCUCUGGUUGCAUGUCUUGUGUUGUACCAAUGAGUGUCUGAACUGUGUGCCAACCGCUUGAACAGACAGUUUGGUACCUUCAACACCUCGCACAAAGACCAAUAGUGAUGCAGUCAAUCUCUCCUCAACUUUGAGCCAGGAGAGACUGACAUGCAUGUUACUGACACUUUCCCUCCGUGUACAUCUAAGUGCGAUACAUGCUGCUUUGUUCUGGACCAAGUGCAAUUUACCUGUGUCCUUCUUUACCACACAUGACCAUACAUCUUGUCCAGGUGCAACAAAACUAGGGCCUGUAGGACCUGUCUGGUCGACUGAGAUGUCAAGAAGGCAGAGCAACGCCCUGUCAUGGACCCUAACCCUAACCUCUUCCCAUUUUAGCAAACAUUGAGUCUAUAUGUUUUGACCAUGAAAACUUGCUAUCUAGGGUUACACCCAGCAGUAUAGUCUCUUCAACUUGCUCAAUAGCCACAUUAUUCAAUAAUAGAUCUAAACGAGGUUUAGAGUUGAGCGAGUGAUUUGUCCCAAAAAUUAUGCUUUUAGUUUUUGAGAUAUUUAGCACCAGCCUAUUGCUAGUUACUCAUCCUAAAACUGCCUGGAGCUCUAUGUUAAGGGUGUCAGUUAUUUAUUUUACUGUUGCAGUCGACGUGUAUCCUGUUGAGUCAUCAGCGUACAUAGACACACAGGCUUUAUUCAAGGUCAGUGGAAGGUCAUUUGUUAAAACAGAAAACAAUAAUGUCCCUAGCCGGCUGCCCUGCGGUACACCACACUCAACUGAAUUUGCAUGAGAGAGGCUUCCAUUAACGAAAUACCCUCUGUGAUCUAUUAGAUAAGUACCUCUCAAUCCAUGAUAAGGCAGAGGAUGCAAAUCCAUAACACCUAUGUUUUUUCAGCAAUAGGUUAGGAUCAAUGACAUCAAAAGCUGCACUGAAGUCUAACAAAACAGCUCCCACAAUCUUCUUACUAUCAAUUUCUUUCAGCCAAUCAUCAGUCAUUCUUGUCAGUGCCAAGCUUGUUGAGUGCCCUUCCCUAUAAACAUGCUGCAAGUCUGUUGUUAAUUUGUUUUCUGUAAAAUAACUUUGCAUUUUUUUCAAAGGUUUGCUAAGUAACAGGCUGAUUGGUUGGCUGUUUGAACCAUUAAAGGGUGCUCUGCUAUUCUUGGGUAGCUGAAUGACCUUUACCUCCCUCCAUGUCUGAGGGCACACACCGUCUUCUAGGCUUAAAUUGAAGAUGUGUCAAACAGGAGUCACAAUGUAUUCCGCUACCAACCUCAGCAAUUUACCAUCCAGGUUGUCGGUACCAGGUGGUUUGUCCUUAUUUAUAGAUAGCAACAAUUUUUUCACCUCUUCCACACCCACUUUGUGGAACUCAAAACUACAUUUGCGUUUGCAUUUUAGUCAUUUAGCAGACGCUCUUAUCCAGAGCGACAGUGCUAGUCUUUCAUUAUUUGGUCCAUUAUGCAUGAAUAUGAAGGCUCAGCAUUUGUUGUUCGCAUAUCAUGCCUAAAUUUGCUAAUCUUGUCAACAAAAACGUUAUUCAAGUGGUUGGCAAAUAUCAAAGGGUUUUGUUAUGAACAAGCCAUCUGCCUCAGUGAAAGAUGUUACUUGGACAUGUUCACAUUUUUAUUUUUUACUGUUGAGGGAGCUGGCAAUACAAGCAUUUCGCUGCACCUGUAGUAACACCUGAUAAACUGUGUACGUGGCGAAGAAACUUUUGAUUUGAUGUGCACGUCAUAUUUUCCUGUAAGGUUUCUAUGUAACCCUGGCGUUCAACCGUUGGUGGGGUCAAUACACCAGCUUCCCCCUGCCUGAUAACCUGAUGAUGGUGGUGUCAGGGAACGUCCACGGGGUCGACGAGAGGGGCCGGCUGCUCCGACGCACACUCAUGAGAUAUGUUAACCUCUCCUCUGUCCUCAUCCUGCGAUCCAUCAGCAUUAGAGUACGCAGACGGUUCCCAACCCUGGAGCACGUGGUGGAUGCAGGUGAGGAUGUGUGUGUGCGUCCGUGCAUGUCCUUUCAUGUCCUUUCAUGUCCUUUCAUGUCCUUUCAUGUCCUUUCAUGUCCUUUCAUGUCCUUUCAUGUCCCAGGGUUAAUGCAUAGGCUACACACCUCUAUGGCUGCAUUUACACAGGCAGCCCAAUUCUGAUUUUUUGCCCAAUUAUUGUCGAAAGAUCUGAUUGGUCAAAAGAGAUCAGAUUUGUGCUGCCUGAGUUACAUUCCUCUGCAGGGUUUAUGACACCACCUCUUAUCUCCUGGUGCAGGGUUUAUGACACCACCUCUUAUCUCCUGGUGCAGGGUUUAUGACACCACCUCUUAUCUCCUGGUGCAGGGUUUAUGACACCACCUCUUAUCUCCUGGUGCAGGGUUUAUGACACCACCUCUUAUCUCCUGGUGCAGGGUUUAUGACACCACCUCUUAUCUCCUGGUGCAGGGUUCAUGACACCACCUUUUAUCUCCUGGUGCAGGGUUUAUGACACCACCUCUUAUCUCCUGGUGCAGGGUUUAUGACACCACCUCUUAUCUCCUGGUGCAGGGUUUAUGACGCCACUGGAGCAUAAACAGCUGGAUGGUCUGUACUCUGACUUCAACAAGUACUGGAUGCCUCUGACGUGGUUCACUAACCUGGCAUCACAGGCCAGACAGGAGGGCCGGGUCAGAGACGACAUCGCUCUACGACUGCUCAUGGAUGUGAGUGCUUUUCUCUGAAUACUGAACCUGUGAAUUGACCGCAAAUACGCAGAUGGGGGAUACAUAGCCCCAGAGACCCCCAUAGCUCCAGAGACCCCCAUAGCCCCAGAGACCCCCAUAGCCCCAGAGACCCCCAUAGCCCCAGAGACCCCCAUAGCCCCAGAGACCCCCAUAGCCCCAGAGACCCCCAUAGCCCCAGAGACCCCCAUAGCCCCAGAGACCCCCAUAGCCCCAGAGACCCCCAUAGCCCCAGAGACCCCCAUAGCCCCAGAGACCCCCAUAGCUCACACGAGCCCUUCUCCAUCCCCAGGAUUUCAUUUGACUGACUUUACUUAAAGACAAUAGUAUACAUCAUGACAUAACGGCUAGGAGUUCUUUCUGUACAGUUUACAUGGUCAGGUAAAACUCCUGGCACUAACUAUGAAGCUCUAUUUGUCCUCCUGUCCCUAGGAGCUGAAUAACUACAGAGGCAAGUGCAGCCUGCUGUUUCACUAUGACUGGAUCAGCAUCCCUCUAGUCUACACUCAGGUAACCCUGACCUCUGACCCCUAACCUCUAACCCUAACCCCUAAACCUCUAGUCUACACUCAGGUAACCCUAACCUCUAACCCUAACCCCUAAACCUCUAGUCUACACUCAGGUAACCCUAACCUCUGACCCCUAACCUCUAACCCUAACCCCUAAACCUCUAGUCUACACUCAGGUAACCCUAACCCCUAACCCUAACCCCUAAACCUCUAGUCUACACUCAGGUAACCCUAACCUCUAACCCCUAACCUCUAACCCUAACCCUAAACCUCUAGUCUACACUCAGGUAACCCUAACCUCUAACCCCUAACCUCUAACCCUAACCCCUAAACCUCUAGUCUACACUCAGGUAACCCUAACCUCUAACCCUAACCCCUAACCCUAACCCCAACCCUAACCCCUAAACCUCUAGUCUACACUCAGGUAACCCUAACCCCUAACCCUAACCCCUAAACCUCUAGUCUACACUCAGGUAACCCUAACCUCUAACCCCUAACCUCUAACCCUAACCCCUAAACCUCUAGUCUACACUCAGGUAACCCUAACCUCUAACCCCUAACCUCUAACCCUAACCCCUAAACCUCUAGUCUACACUCAGGUAACCCUAACCUCUAACCCCUAACCUCUAACCCUAACCCCUAAACCUCUAGUCUACACUCAGGUAACCCUAACCUCUGACCCUAACCCCUAAACCUCUAGUCUACACUCAGGUAACCCUAACCUCUGACCCCUAACCUCUAACCCUAACCCCUAAACCUCUAGUCUACACUCAGGUAACCCUAACCUCUGACCCUAACCCCUAAACCUCUAGUCUACACUCAGGUAACCCUAACCCCUAACCCUAACCCCUAAACCUCUAGUCUACACUCAGGUAACCCUAACCUCUGACCCCUAACCUCUAACCCUAACCCCUAAACCUCUAGUCUACACUCAGGUAACCCUAACCUCUAACCCUAACCCCUAACCCCUAAACCUCUAGUCUACACUCAGGUAACCCUAACCUCUGACCCCUAACCUCUAACCCUAACCCCUAAACCUCUAGUCUACACUCAGGUAACCCUAACCUCUGACCCCUAACCUCUAACCCUAACCCCUAAACCUCUAGUCUACACUCAGGUAACCCUAACCUCUAACCCUAACCCCUAAACCUCUAGUCUACACUCAGGUAACCCUAACCUCUAACCCUAACCCCUAACCCCUAAACCUCUAGUCUACACUCAGGUAACCCUAACCUCUGACCCCUAACCUCUAACCCUAACCCCUAAACCUCUAGUCUACACUCAGGUAACCCUAACCCCUAACCCUAACCUCUAACCCUAACCCCUAACCCUAACCCCUAACCCUAACCCCUAAACCUCUAGUCUACACUCAGGUAACCCUAACCUCUGACCCCUAACCUCUAACCCUAACCCCUAAACCUCUAGUCUGUCCCCAGUCCGCCUGGCCUUGCUGCUAUUCCAGUUUCAACUGUUCUGCCUGCGGUUAUGGAACCCCUACCUGUCCCAGACCUGCUGUUUUCAACUCUUAAUGAUCGGCUAUGAAAAGCCAACUGAGAUUUAUUCCUGAUUAUUAUUUGACCAUGCUUGUCACUUAUGAACAUUUUUGAACAUCUUGGCAUGGUUCUGUUAUAAUCUUCACCCGGCACAGCCAGAAGAGGACUGGCCACCCCUCAUAGCCUGGUUCCUCUCUAGGUUUCUUCCUAGGUUUUCGCCUUUCUAGGGAGUUUUUCCUAGCCACCGUGCUUCUACACCUGCAUUACUAGCUGUUUGGGGUUUUAGGCUGGGUUUCUGUACAGCACUUCGAGAUAUUAGCUGAUGUAAGAAGGGCUAUAUAAAAUAAAAUUGAUUGAUUGAUUGAUAGUCUACACUCAGGUAAAUGUGACAGACUGUGUUCGAACCCCAAGACUGUUAGCCCACUGAGCUAAAGUCUAGGCAUUAGCUUAGGGAGCUAACACAAGUCUUCAGGUCUCAGGCAAGUUUAUUUAUCAGGCAAGCUUGGUUCACUUAACCACCUCUGUUACAUGUGGUGAAAGUAUCUUCAGCUGUAAAAACAAAAGAUAUUACUAUAAACUGCUGAGGCCCAAAUUACUGCUGUAAAAUACCAAACUGCUGCCUGUAUAAUAUCAAACUGCUGCCUGUAUAAGCUGGCCGCGACCGGGAGACCCAUGGGGCGGCGCACAAUUGGCCCAGCGUCGUCCAGGGUAGGGGAGGGAAUGGCCGGCAGGGAUGUAGCUCAGUUGGUAGAGCAUGGCGUUUGCAACGCCAGUGUUGUGGGUUCGAUUCCCACGGGGGGCCAGUAUGAAAAAAAAAAAAAAAUUAUGUAUGCACUCACUAACUGUAAGUCGCUCUGGAUAAGAGCGUCUGCUAAAUUACUAAAAUGUAAAUGUACAAUACCAAACUGCUUCCUGCAUAAUAUGAUGAUGUCAUAAUAUGAUGAUGUCAUUACGUCCCUCCACACAAGGUAGUGACCCUGGCUGUGUACUCGUUCUUCGGCUUCUGUCUGAUUGGUCGACAGUUCCUGAACCCUGAGAAGGGGUAUAAAGGUCACCAGCUGGACAUGUAUGUCCCCGUUUUCACCCUGCUUCAGUUCUUCUUCUAUGCAGGCUGGCUCAAGGUGAGCUCCUUAUUGGUUGAUUGGAUAUUGAUGAGUUGGCUGAUUGGAUAUUGAUUAACGGAUUGAUUGGAUAUUGAUUGGUUGGUUAUUUGGUUGAUUGUAUAUUGUUUGGUUGGUUAAUUGAUUGAUUGGAUAUUGAUUGGUUGGUUAUUUGGUUGAUUGUAUAUUGUUUGGUUGGUUAAUUGAUUGAUUGGAUAUUGAUUGGUUGGUUAAUUGAUUUAUUGGUUUUCGUUCUUGCUUAUGCUAAAGUCCUUGACUGUCCUCCCUUCUCUCUGUUCUCUAGGUGGGGGAGCUGAUCAUCAAUCCCUUCGGAGAGGACGAUGACGACUUUGAAACCAACCAACUAAUUGACCGAAAUAUUCAGGUGUGUUUAUCUCACUUCACUUGAAUAUAGGCCAUCAAUUACCAUCGACUGCUGAGUGAUAAAGUAAUUAUCUGAGAUUUUGUACCUUUUGCUGUAUUUCCCAUUUUUUAUCUCAGUUCACUUUCCUGAACCAAUCAUUUACCAUCGCCUAUAAAGUAUUGUCUGACCUUAUGGACUGGUGGUGUUUCAUCCAGUGACAGAUCAGUGAUAGAUCUGCUGUCAUUCAUUGUUUGUUUUGCUAUCUUUCUCCCCUCACGUUUCUUCCCAGGUAUCCAUGCUGGCUGUGGAUGACAUGCACCAGAACCUGCCCCCGACGGAGAAGGACAAGUUCUGGGUGGAGAGAUACUUCUCUGUCCCCUAUUCUACCGCUGCUGAGACCCUCAGACCUACCUUCAUGGGCUCAACAUAUGACAUAAGGUAGCCUACAAUGACUGUGAUUCAUUCAUUUGUUUGUUUGUUAAUUCAUCAAUUGAUUUGUUUGUUCAUUCAUUGAUUCAUUGGGCAGGUUCGACUCUGGUCAGGACGUCUCCAUACCCUUCAUCUAUAAGGAUGAGUGUGGUGAAAUGGACAGGAAGGUGGAGGAUGUGUCUUUAGUGAGAGACAGACAGCUGAAGGUGUCUCAUCUGCAGACAGAACGAGGGGAGGGGCAGUUCAAGGUGGCUGUGGAACUCAUCCCAGCCAAUGACAAUGAGCAGAGCUCUUGUUGAAAGAUCUGGGCAACUUGUCUAUGGCUUUUGUUUAUUUUGGGAUAAUUCAUGCAUUUUCCAUGCACCUGUGUGUCAAUGAUUGUGUGAAAUGUAUUCUACAAUCAUGUUUAGAUUGUUUGUAAUCCUGGUUAUUAAAAAAAUGAUUUUGUAAAACAUGCCUGAUACUUUUUUAUAAUACCUUUGUGUACAGCCUAUGGCUAUAAAAAACAUGACUUUUAACUUUGAAGCCUGAUACCAUCGAUAUACAUUGCAGAUUGAUUUCACG